UAGAUGGUACCUGACAUUGAAUGGGGGAAGAACAUCCGCAUUUUAUUGGACAUUGGAUGUAGUGAUGCUAGCUUUGCAGGCACUCUUCUUGAGAAGGAUGUUUUAACUCUAUCUUUAGUUAUGUUGAGCGAUCAGAUAAAAUUUGCUCAAGUUCUUCUUGAACGCGGCAUACCUGCUGUGGUGGGAAAUCUGGGCACACGGAGACUCCCAUUUCCUAGCAGCAUUUUCGAUGCUAUUCAUUGCAGUGGGUGCAAUAUACAUUGGCAUUCUAACGGUGGGCGGCUCCUUCUGGAGAUGAAUAGGAUACUACGUCCAGGAGGAUACUUUAUUAUGUCAUCUACACAUGGAGAUGCUGAAAGCGAAGUGGGCAUGUCAUCAUUGACAGCAUCAAUGUGUUGGAACGUGCUGGCUCAUAAGACCGAUGAAAUCAGUGAACUGGGCGUUAAGUUAUACCAGAGACCAGCGUCGAACGAGAUAUAUGACCUGAGAAGGAGAAAUCCUUGGCUGUGUAAUUGCGAAAGAGUUUCUUUUUCAUCGAAGACCAUGCUGUUUAAUCAGCCAUGCUGUUCUACAACGAAGAAUGAAAUAAGAUGGUAUACUCCAAUAAGAACAUGCCUGCAUAAACUUCCUGCAGCCAUAGAAGAGCGAGGUACUGAUUGGCCUGAAGAGUGGCCAAAAAGGCUUGAAACUUUCCCUGAAUGGCUUGGUGAUUUGCAGGAAAAAUUAGCUGCUGAUAAUGAGCAUUGGAAGGCUAUCAUCAGCAAAUCAUAUCUUGUUGGGCUGGGUAUUGAUUGGUCAAAGAUACGCAAUGCCAUGGAUAUGAAAGCCAUCUAUGGAGGAUUUGCAGCGGCUCUAAUACCUCAAAAGGUUUGGGUUAUGAAUGUAGUUCCUGUACAUGCUCCAAACACUCUUCCUAUCAUUUUCGAGCGCGGUCUGCUCGGCAUCUACCAUGAUUGGUGUGAACCAUUCAGCACUUAUCCGAGAUCUUAUGAUCUUUUGCACGCCGAUCACUUGUUCUCCCGCCUCAAGAACAGGUGCAAACAACCCAUCGCCAUUCUAGUUGAGAUGGAUAGAAUACUGAGGCCUGGAGGUUGGGUCAUCAUACGAGACAAAGCAGAGAUUUUGAAUCCCAUAGAGAAAAUAUUUAAAACAUUACACUAUAAUAUAACUCUGACAUUCACUCAGGACAGGGAAGGUAUUAUCUGCGUGCAGAAAACAAUCUGGAGACCGUUGGGAUGAAAUUUGUUUUGAAAAAUACUGUCUUGAUGAUCAGCAAUGGCGGCUUCUCAGCUUCUUCUUCAAUACAUAACAGAGGCUUCUAGUAAUUUAUGUGCUGCAUUUUCUAAAGAAUAAUAUCGUGUAUCGUUUUGAUGUGCCACACUGUAUCAUUUCUGAUGACGGGCUAACUUUCAAUAUCACCAAGAUCAAUCAAUUCGCUCGUCAACAUCAGAUCGAUUGACGGUAUUCUACGAUAUACUACCCGAGAGCUAACUGUCUGUAAGAAAUGUUUGUUAUUGUAAAUGGGGUAUAAUCUCCCAUAUGUUUAAUCUUGAUUCAUUUAAGUUAUUUUUUCUUAUUUAUUAGUUAUAUUCUUUUCUUAUUUUU